AUGGCACUGAAGGGGCAGCGUCGUUUGCUGCACCCACUGACUAAGGUGCGGCUGGAAAAAAUCAAGGAGGAGAAAAAAACAGAGAAGGAGAAGGGCUCUUUUGAAGAUCACAUUGCCCUCAUGAGAAGCAUGGUCCAGGAGAAAAUGGCAAAGGUGCAAGAAGACUCCAUGCUGUUCUCCAGUGACUUUUUUUUCAUUGAGCCAAUGAAGGGAGAAAUUGGGCCAAAUUGUUUGGCUGAAAUCAAGGUGACCUUCAAACCCUUAGAGGUACUAGGGUACCAAAGUAUGGCUUACUGCGACAUCUCAGGCCGUGAGAGCAGGCUGCCCUUGCGCCUCAGAGGGGAAGGCCAAGGACCCUUGGUUGAGCUCAGCUCUCAGACUCUGGACCUUGGGAACGUUUUUGUUGACACCUCCCACAUGCUUGAGGUGAAACUGAUUAACAAAGGAGCUCUUGAUGCUCCCUUCACCUGUAUCCCCUCAACCACAAACGUGGGCUCCUGCUUCAAGUUUCUACCCAAGGAGGGCAUCAUUGCACCAGGUGGGAUCCAGACUGUUCAGAUCCCCUUCAAGGCCACCGUGUUGGGGACCUUUGAGGAAGAAUUCCAGUUCAGUGUGACUGGAACUCCUAUGCCUGCAAUCCUGACCAUCAGGGGCAGCGUCUCUGGACCGAGUUUACAGUUCGAUGUCGAUGAGAUCAACUUCGGUGAGAUCUCCUUUGGUGAGUGUUCCCUGGGCUGGGAUGCAGCGUGA